AUGGAUGACGUUUUUGUGCCUGGAAGAUCGCUAGACGAGACUUUACAAAGAUUGGACUUGGUACUUCGGGCCCUUAUUAUCGACGAAGAGAAUGAGAGAGUUGAUCCUAAAUCUUUACGUAGAGUAGUUUCUGAAAGGAUGACCGAACGAGCAGAGAAAUCUAAAGCUAAAUUUGAAAGCACUAAAGAAAAGGUGAAGAGAUUUGAAAAAGGUCAAUACGUUUUGGUAAAAGAACCGGUCCGGUUAGGGACCAAACUAACUCGAAAAUUCGGGGGUCCUUACGAGAUAAAAAAAGUUCUUCCAAACGAUCGUUACGAGGUCAAGAAAAUUACAGGACGUGGACGGCCAAGAAAAGUAGCCCAUGAAAAUCUACGAGCAGCUCCAGACUAUGGAAAACAAAAUGAGAUUGCCAUGUCGGCGUAUGAGGUUUCAUUAGAUAAGUGA